CUGGGUGAAGGUGCAAUUUGGAGUCAUAUAAUUUCUUACACUUUGUCUGCCAUUUGAGAGUAAUCCCUAGUUGUGUAGGUGUCAUGGAGCUUUCUGGAUCAAUUUUGCUGCUGGUGCUGCUUUUGGUUCUGCUGUGGUUACUUUACAACAAAAAGACAGGUCGUCUUCCUCCAGGCCCACUGGGGUUUCCUCUGCUCGGAAACCUGCCGCAACUGGACAAACAUGUUCCUUUUAAGAGCAUGCUUCAGCUGAGUGAAAGGUAUGGCCCAGUGAUGACGCUGCACCUAGGCUGGCAACGCACAGUGGUCCUGGUUGGCCACGAGACUGUCAAAGAGGCUCUGGUGGAUAACGCCAACGAUUUUACAGGCAGAAUGCAGCUGCCGUUCCUCGUCAAAGCCACCCAAGGAUAUGGUUUAGGCCUCAGCAAUGGUGAGACCUGGCGUCAGCUACGACGUUUCACGCUGACGACGCUGCGAGAUUUUGGGAUGGGUCGAACAGGGAUGGAGGCGUGGAUCCAGGAAGAGAGCACACACUUGGUGGCACGAUUUCAGAUGCAGAAAGUUGCCCCCUUUGACCCGUCAUUCCUGCUGAGCUGCUCCGUGUCCAACGUGAUUUGCUGCCUAGUGUUCGGCCAACGUUAUGACUACGAGGAUGCCGACUUCCUGCAGCUGCUGGCCAUCGUUUCUGAAAUGCUCCAGUUUGUGGCCAGCCCUCUGGGGCAGAUGUACAAUAUUUUUCCAUGGCUGACCGAGCGGCUUCCCGGUCGCCAUCACAAGGUGUUCGCCCAAAUAGAGGUGGUGAGAUCUUUCAUCAAGGAAAAAGUCCGGCAGCACCAGGACUCGCUGGUUCCCUCCUUGCCCCGUGACUACAUCGACUGCUUCCUCAACCGUGUCCAACAGGAGAAGCACUGCGACUCCACUGACUUCUUCUACGAGAACCUAGUAGCCACAGUCAUGAAUCUCUUCAUAGCAGGAACCGAAACUAGUAGCUCCACCAUCCGGUAUGCACUUAGUGUGCUCAUCAAAUAUCCUGGAAUACAAGAGAAAAUGCAGCAGGAGAUUGACGCCGUGAUCGGACGAGAGCGCUGCGUCUGCAUGCAGGACAGGAAGUCCAUGCCCUUCACAGAUGCUGUCAUUCACGAGGUGCAACGAUUCUUGGACAUUGUCCCUUUUAGCCUGCCGCACUACACGCUCCGUGACAUCACUUUUCGUGGCUACACCAUUCCAAAGGACACCAUCAUUGUGCCACUGCUGCACUCUGUGCUAAAAGACGAAACGCAGUGGGCGCAUCCUCAAUCCUUCGAUCCACAGCACUUCUUGGACCACAACGGCAACUUUAAGAAGAAUGCGGCAUUCAUUCCUUUUUCUUCAGGAAAACGAUCUUGUGUCGGAGAGUCUUUGGCCCGAAUGGAGCUGUUCAUCUUCUUCGUAUCGCUGUUACAACAUUUCAGCUUCUCCUGCCCGGGAGGUCCAGACAAAGUGGACCUUACUCCAGAGUACAGUAGUUUCGCCAACAUGCCACGAAGACACCUGCUCAUUGCCACGCCACGCUGAUACAGGAACAAACAACCUGUAUAUCAAAUGCACUAUUUUUUUCGAAUGGGUUCUCCUGGGACCAUAGAGAAAUUUUUCCAAAGACCAUCCUCCUCUCUGCGAUCUAACAAUUUAUGCAUUAUCUACAACGCUUAUCAUCUUUGCCGACCAAUUUCAGUCCUUAGAGCUUAAAUCAUUGGCAGCCAUUGAUGGUGAUAAACCUCCAAUCCGUUGGAAGUGAAAGGGUUGGAAGUGAAUGAACAUUCGUUUAUUCUUCCUUCUAGCAAUAAAAUCAUUGAAAUUCUCAGCAGAAUGAUGAAAAAAAACAAGAAAUUGGAAUGGAAUAGCAUAAACCUACAAAGAGGCCAUGUUAUAACUACUGAAUCUAUAGAAUACAGUAUAUAAUAAAGACGUUACUGCAAAACGUGGAAGCCACCCCUUGAAUUUCUGUGUCAUUUAUAUAUUCAGCUAGUCACAAGAAUUUCCCACAUUUUGUGAUUGGAAAUGUCACAUCAAAAAAAACAAAAUAGACCCUCUCGAGACAAGUGGCAAUAAAAGAGACCUUCAUGUAACUUCAGCUAAAUGCCGGUGUGUAAAAAUGAUAUUGAUCACUUUUGAGUGACAUUAUUCAUUUCAUACUAGAGAUGUGUUAAUACAGUAAUAUUCGUAUGGUUUUAAAACAUUUAAAAAAUUAGCUAGCUAAAAUGUUUUUAAAUAACUAAUACAACUAGCACAAUUUUAAAAGCAAAAUAUAGUUGUAAGG